CAUGCCCACAUGAAAUUGAUAUCUUUGUCAUUGUUUUUCCACCCUACAAAACUCCCAACUUUCAAGCACUUCCAUUUCCAUCAAACUAAUUCAACCCCACCUCCUAAAACUUUAUUUUUUGCCCACAUUAUUAUUCAUUGUAACACCCUCUCCUUAUUCUAAAACAUCAUAAUAUUAACAUUAUGAGAGAAAUUCUCCACAUCCAAGCCGGGCAAUGUGGUAACCAAAUCGGCGCACAGUUUUGGGAGGUAGUUUGCAAUGAGCACGGUAUUGAUACCACCGGGCUAUACAUUGGUGAUUCUCCACUCCAACUUGAACGAUCCGAUGUUUAUUUUAAUGAGGUGAGAGGUGGCCGAUAUGUUCCUAGGGCGAUCAUGAUAGACCUCGAGCCAGGUACCAUGGACUCCCUUAAAUCUAGUCCUUAUGGACAUAUUUUUAGGCCUGAUAAUUUUGUUUUCGCGCAAAAUGGUGCUGGGAAUAACUGGGCUAAGGGUCAUUACACCGAAGGUGCUGAACUGAUCGAUACUGUCCUUGAUGUUGUUCGUAAGGAAACCGAGAAUUCUGAUUCUUUACAAGGAUUCCAAUUAUGUCAUUCUCUGGGAGGAGGAACAGGAUCAGGGAUGGGAACGCUGCUAAUAUCGAAGAUUAAAGAGGAGUAUCCUGAUCGUAUGCUGAUGACCUUCUCGGUGUUUCCAUCUCCAAAGGUGUCAGACACGGUGGUGGAGCCUUACAACGCCACGCUCUCUGUACACCAACUGGUAGAGAAUGCUGAUGAGUGCAUGGUACUUGACAAUGAAGCCCUCUAUGACAUUUGCUUCCGCACUCUCAAACUCUCCAACCCUCGAUUUGGCGACCUGAAUCACCUGAUCUCAGCAACAAUGAGUGGCAUAACAUGCUGCUUACGAUUUCCUGGUCAGCUGAACUCCGACCUUAGAAAGCUUGCAGUGAACCUGAUACCCUUCCCUCGCCUCCACUUCUUCAUGGUAGGGUUUGCACCCUUGACCUCCAUCAACUCCCGGCAAUACACAACCCUGUCCAUCCCCGAGCUCACCCAACAAAUGUGGGAUUCCAAGAACAUGAUGUGUGCAGCAGACCCACGUCAUGGGCGAUACCUCACUGCAUCAGCAAUGUUCCGAGGGAAGAUGAGCACAAAAGAAGUUGACCAGCAAAUGACCAAUGUUCAGAGUAAGAAUUCAUCCUACUUUGUAGAGUGGAUCCCCAACAACGUGAAGUCCAGCGUCUGUGACAUCCCGCCAACAGGGCUUGCUAUGUCUUCGACUUUCAUAGGGAACUCAACUUCCAUUCAAGAGAUGUUUCGAAGGGUGUCAGAGCAGUUUACAGUCAUGUUUAGGAGGAAGGCUUUCUUGCAUUGGUACACCGGCGAAGGCAUGGAUGAGAUGGAGUUCACAGAGGCUGAGAGUAAUAUGAAUGAUUUGGUGUCUGAAUACCAGCAGUAUCAGGAAGCUGGAGUGGACUAUGAGGAAGAAUAUGAAGAGGAGGAUGCUUGAAAAUUAGUCGGAAAUUAAUUUGAGAGGAUUCCUUUUUAAAUUAAGAUUAAGAAGGAGAAAUGAAUAGAAUUAAAUCUCUUUCAAUUUUAAAAGGUGACAAGAGGGGGAAUCCUUUUUUUGUACAAGGAACUUAUUCGUUUUACUCUCUUUUAUUUGGAUGGAACUAAAUUUAAUUUUUAUAAUAUACAAUUAUGUUUAAAUCCAAAAUAGUAAUAAUUUGACAGAAAAUUUUCCGUUUAAAAGAUGACAUUUGAUUUACUACUAAAACAUUUUCCUUGAAUAUCUCCUUCUUUCUGAAAGGGAAAUUGAAGUGAAUAACAUUGAAAAAAAACAAAACAAAACAAAAUCAAAAAUUGAAUUUCAAGUAGAGGUACCAAACCUCAAUGGUAUCCCAUAAAUAAUCGAAUAAUUCGUUGAUUAGGCCUAUUUCCCAAAAAAAAAAAAAAAAAAAAAAAAAAAAAAA